AUGUCAAGCCUCAAGCUUUUACGAGCCAUGACGAGCCACUUCAAGCUUUUACGAGUCGUGACGAAUCACAUCGUUUCUAAGUCAACAAAACACCAAGAAAACGAGUUGACUACUUCCGAUUCAAACCGUAGCAGUAGUAAGGAGGUGGCGUUACGGCUGAAGACAGCGGCGGAGACGGCGAUCGGAUCAAUUGGGUUAGGGUAUGACUUGACUGAGGAUUUGAGGUUGAAAUACUGCAAAGGGAAGUCGCCGGAAUCGAGAUUAAUCGGUAUAGAUGAUGAACAGGUGAGGGAUAUACUGAUUCCAGGUGGGAUUUUGAUUCAAAAUGUAUCAAAAUCGAUUAAUUGUGAUAAAGGUGAAAGGAUGCGAUUCAGCUCAGAUACCCUCUCUUUUCAGAAGAUGUCGGAGCAAUUUAACCAGGAUGUAUCACUUUCCGGCAGAAUUCCGACCGGCCAACUGAACGCUGCAUUUGAAUUCACGGGAUCAUGGCAGAAAGAUGCUGCAAAUACAAAAUCCCUCGCUUUAGAUGGCGUCUUCAUCACACUUUACAAUAUCAAGCUUGAAAAAUCCCAAAUUGCUUUACGUGAUCAUGUCAAAAACGCAGUUCCUUCCACAUGGGAACCUGCAGCAUUGGCCAAGUAAGCAAAAAAAUGUGACUCUUAUGACAAAUUUUGGG